CCCCCCCUCGCCCGCCUCCACCAUGGCCGCCAUCGACCAGUGGUACCGGUCCAUGCCCCUGGUCACCCGGACCUAUGCCACACUGGCGGUCGGCACAACCCUGGCCUGCCACAUCGGCCUCCUACGGCCGCUCCAGCUGUACCUCAACCUGGGCCUGGUGUUCAAGGCGCAUGAGUACUGGCGCCUUGUCACCAACCAGCUUUUCUUCGGCAUGCUCGGCAUGGAGUUUGUCUUUCGAAUCUACUUCCUAAUUCACUAUAGCUGGCUGCUGGAGACCGGGCACUUCCGUGGGAGACGUGCCGACUUCGUGUGGAUGCUGAUCCUCGAAGCGGCCGCCCUGACCAUCCUGGCCCCCUUCACGCGCCUGCUCUUCCUCGGCACCGCGCUCAGCUUCUCCCUGGUGUAUGUGUGGGCGCGGCGCAGCCCGGAUGUCCGGGUGGCCGUGCUCGGGCUCGUGCCCAUCCGCGCCCCGUGGCUGCCCUGGGCGCUGCUCAUUGUUCCGCUGAUUCUUCGCGAGUCCCUGCCGAUCGCCGACCUCCUCGGCAUUGCUGUCGGCCAUCUCUACUACUACCUGGAUGCCGUCCUGCCGACCAUCAUUCACCGGGACUUCGUCGGCGCGCCGCGUUGGCUCAAGCGCCUCCUCGACGACCCGAACGAUCCGGCCUCAAUUGCGGCCGCCGGUGCCAACCGCGCGUGAGCACCUCUCUCCCCCCCCUGGGAGAGGAAAGAAAAUGGAAACCCCGCCGGGGCCUCCACACCGAAGCAACUCUCCCGCGGAGGGGGAGGCGGGCGUCCCGACAAUGUACAAGAAGAACAAAAAAAAAAAAGAAAGACCCGAC